UUGAUAUUUCUUUCGAUUGGUGUGCUAGGGAACACCAAGUUUUCAUUUCUUUUUGUGCAGAAAAAAUGUACGCUCCUGCAUGUGUGAUGUCAAUAUAUAUUGCAGCAGAAGCCCUACCUCCCCAACCCACGCCAGCACUCCCACCCCAACCGCAAGCCCCACAACCACAGCCGGCUCCUCAUCAACCAAGGCAACGGAGGCGUGCUAGGCCACCAAUUUUCCGAACCCGUGUCCUACUUUUUGGGAUGCCAGAUGAUGUGGUGGUGCGUAGAUACCGGCUGCCACCACAUCUAAUCCUAGACACUCUCUCCAUAAUAGAGAGUGAUCUGGAGUCUGAAAUUCGGUAUCCUACAGCAAUACCACCAUUGACACAAUUCCUUGCAGUGUUACAUUUUUUGGCUACAGCCUCAUAUCAGCAUGUUGUGGGAGACCUGGUUGGCAUGUCGCAGGGCCAGUUCAGUAAGGUCCUGCGGCGUGUCUGCCAGGCUUUCCUAAAGCGGGUGAAGCAGUUCAUUGAUAUGCCUUUGGAUGUUGGUGCCCUAGAUGUGGUGAAGCGGCAAUUUGCGGAAGGUGGUAGUCGCUUCCCACAUGUUAUUGGGGUUGUGGAUGGCACACAUGUUGCUAUUCAGCCACCAAGACAUAAUGAAGAAAUUUUUAGAAACAGGAAACUGUUUCAUUCUCUGAAUGUAAUGGUUGUUUGUGGGCCAUCCCUCCAGAUCCUUUCCCUGACUGCAAAGUUUACUGGAAGUUCCCAUGAUGCAUAUGUCAUUAGACAAUCAGGGAUAUGGCAGAGAUUAAGAUCAAGUCAACGAGCAGACAUGUGGUUAUUGGGAGACCGUGGAUAUCCUUGCACCCCCUGGCUCAUGACUCCUUACCGUAAUCCCAGGCCAGGACCACAGAUGGCAUUUAACUCCGCGCUUACUGCCACUAGGCAGCUGGUGGAGCGCACAAUUGGUGUCCUUAAAGGGCGGUUUCGUGUGCUCCACCGCACUGGUGGCGACAUCAUGUAUUCGCCGGAGAUGGCAAGUAAAAUAGUGGUCCUGUGCGCAAUACUACAUAAUAUCGCGGUAAGGAGUAGUGUAGAGCUUCCUCAGGCAGAGGAAUUGCCUGAUGAGGAGCCAGGGGUUGGUCCACGCUUCGGUGGGGGGAGUGUGACACGGAGGGGGAGCCAAGUGAGGGCAAGAAUUGUUGCAGAAUAUUUCAGGUAUAGUGUUUUUAUAUUUUAUAUUUGCAGAAAUAAUACAACACAGUAUGCUUAUGUUUUUUAAACCAUGAUUGCAUUUUGUAUGAUCUUGUAAAGUGAUUGGGUAAGGCUUUUGUUGUGUUGGAAUGGGUAAUUGAUUUUUUUAACAAAAACCAAAAACACGUUAAGCUUACAAUGUUUAUUUAGAAAUUUAAAUACUGUAAUGUUAAUAAAUAGUGUCCUUAUUUAUUUUAUAUCCUCAAAUCCUGAUUAUGUAACCAAACACACAAACAAAUGAUACUCAAUGUUUCACACUUUGUGACUGUCCAGCUGAAUGAUCACACGAACUGUGGUGAGUACACAGAUAUGUAUAGUAAUUUUAUCUAAAGUCUGUGUCUCUGUGUGUUGUUUUCUUAAAUUUGUGUUCUAAACAUUUUCGCUUCUGCUAAUGCGAAUUUCCGCUCGUGCCAAAUAACACUCUGCUCUUCACAGCAUUGCAAAGAUCAAUAAAGUUAUUAGAAAUGACAACAUAGAUUUUUGACCAAUCACAUGCUAACAGACACUAUAAAUAUAUGCCCAAAUAAGGAAAACGCCAUUGCCAUGAUGCGUGCAGCACCGUUCACCAGGCGGGAGCUCCGCGUGCUGGUUGCGGUGAUGGACCGCCGCGUAGGCCGCGUUGGGCGCUUCAUCCCCAAUCGGGUGAAGCGCGAGGCCUACGCGGAGGUCCGCCGCCUGCUGCGGACUCGCGUCCGCAGCAGGCGGACAAUCAUCCAGCUAGAAAGGAGGUGGAGUGAUCUCCGUAGGAGGACUCCAGAUUUGUUGGCGGAGAUCCGCCAGCAAAUUCGGGCUCUGCAUACACGAAGUAAGUUACCUUACAUAAUGUUUUGGGUCAAAAUUGUGCUAAUGGGUGAUUUACCAAGUUUAGGGCUUCCGGAAUUUAUGGUUCAAUUGUUCAAUACAAUGUGCACUGCAGGGGAAGCAUAUGUAACAUGUGCAGAGAGAGUAAUUUUUGGGUGUGGUAUGUUAAAUCUGCAUAUAAAUUUGCAUUGUUAAAAUAAAGCAGCAUGUAUUUACCCUGCCCAUAAUUACACAAACCAACAAAAUCUAACUCUCUCUGCACAUGUUAUAUCUGCCACCCCUGCAGUGCACAUGCUUUUGGCCAAUUGCAAACGAAAUUCCUGCUGUAAUCCCCUUGGAAUUUCAAUCAUUUUACAGUAAAUGGUAGGCUAAUUGCAACCUGCUGUGUCCUUUUUUGGAAAUUAUGACACUGUGUGUGGUUAGGGAAAACAGUACUGACUGUAGCAAAGUAACACCAAACAAGUGCAUGUUUCAAACAAAUAAGAAGCAGGCAGGAAAAAGAACCAAAAAACUUGAUCAGUGCUGGCUAUAUAAUAAGGUUCCUGGAAUAGUAAUCUGGUGAUGUUGCCUAGACCAAUCACUAUGACUCAAUUGACUAGAUGAAGGAAUGAGCUUCAAAGUAAAAAUUUGGACUCAUUUUGUUUGCUGUGGCCAACAUGAAGAGGAUCUUAACAUGUUUGCUUUGCUAUUACAAAAAAAAAGCAUUUAACAUUGAAC